AUGCCGCCAGAACCGGGGAAGAACCUGCCUAGAUCUGUCGAGGAGUGGAAAGCCGCAGCCCAGCCCAAUGGAACCAUCAUCGUCGAUAUCGGCGCCAGCAUCCACGAGCAGUUCAGGCUCAACUCGGGCUCUGAGAUGGAUGAAGAAGACUUCCUUCAUCUCAAAACUGUCUGGCCAAACGCAGAUUUCGACUUGAUUGACAAACAUCACGCGCAUACUCAGCUCAGACUAGGCACCUGGUUCGCCAAAGCUCACCGGGACCUAGACAAUUCUCCGGACUUUGACCGGUACCUCAGCGCAGUGGAGCGGAGAGAUGCACCGAGCCCAGAUAUCGGUAUGUUCUGGGCUGCAUACGAGCAGCAGUAUCAGGUCGUCCAAUUGCUUCAUCACGAGAGCACUACGAAGAGGGCAUAUAAGAUGAAUGAAGAGCAUGUGAAUAUGUCUCUUGUGAGUUUUCUUCAGGCAGUAUGCGCCUGCCAUCCUGGCCUCGAUAUCAGUUGUAACCCCGCCAGGGUCCACUUGACCUUCGACUUCCGGCAGGUGAAGGAGCAAAAAGCGGCCAACGAGAUUAACUCGAGUGUCCUUAGCCUGUCGUGUAGGACCGACGGGCUGAUUGAGUCAAGCACUACUGGUCGGAUGCAGGCCAUUCUCGAGGCCAAAGCCAGAGCGCGGGCAAUUCAUGAGCCGAAGGUAAGUUGGCAGGAGACAGCUGAGAUGGUGACCGCGGCCCUGAGUGAUAGGGAAAGUCUGAAGCACACCCGUCCCGGCCGUGUCAUCCUUUUCUCGCAGGAUGGCGACGAGUUCUACGUGUCCGAGGCAACCAUCAAGGUAGGCUACGUCAAGCAUAUGAAGGAUGAGCGUAAGGCACCCAUCAGGGAGAGCGAGUUUGUAAAGAUCCAUCAAUGCGGUCCAUAUUGGGUCCAGUCGAGGCAGGACGUACAAUACUUCGCGAAGCUGGUCCUGGCCAUUGCCCUCCGAGAGAGCCAGGAGGAGACCGCUUCUGUUAGCACACACUGUCUCCGUUCGCAUGAUACCUGA